AUGCCGAAGUCUUUCCUUGUUAAAAAGAAACGUGGGACAUGUGGAGCAUGGCAAUGGAAAGAGCCAGAACAGCAUGGGUGGGAAGAAGACAGAAUAGAAGUGAGUCAAAACAUGAAUGAGCAGAUACCCUGCAAUCCUGGCCCCCAACAUCCUUCCACUGUGCCUCAGUCAGUAGCCACUUUAGGGGUAGCAUCAAGAAUGAUCCUGCCAGUGCCUUUGGCAGGAUCAGGAGGGCCAGGGGCUGAUGCCAGGCUGGACUGGCCCACACUGAUGCUUCCGGGCCCUUUCUACCAUCACAGUAUACUGCCACCAGUCAGCAGUGCAAAGCCCCAUCCUUCCCCAGGCUCAGGCGACUUUGUGUGCUCAUUGUGCCACAAGAUAUUCCCUCUGCAGCGCAUGUUAACCCGCCACCAAAAGUGCCACAGCUUGGUGAAGAAACACCCUUGUCGAUUCUGUGGCAAAGGAUUCAACGAUACCUUCGACCUCAAAAGGCAUAUGCGAACACACACAGGUAUUCGUCCCUACAAGUGUGAGUUGUGUGAGAAAGCCUUCACUCAGCGCUGCUCUCUGGAGUCCCAUAUGAGGAAGAUUCACAGCGUUCACCAACAGUAUGCCUAUCGCCAGAGACGCUCCAAGAUUUUUGUCUGUGAGGAUUGUGGUUACACCUCAAGCCGCCCUGAUGAGUAUUUCCUUCAUGUGAGACAGUGCCACCCUGGUAGUCCCGCCUUACGCAGGUACUACCGCCGCCAGUCCCAUGACAACAGCAGCUUUGCAUCAACAGACUGUAAACUCAGUACCUAUUUGCAGUACUCAACCCCUGCAUACUACAUGUAG